AUGAAUUUGGGCUUUGCCGUGCCCAGAGUCCAGCAUUCGCCUGCAACCUCUUGGCCUGCUUACCGUUCCCAUGUACCAGAUGCACAUCCUACUGGACCGGUCUCCGCACAUGGAGCCGGUGCCAUUCUUGUGACGGUACUGUCGGUGGGUGCGCGUCAACUGCAGAAACUGCGCAGCCUGCCUCGGCGCUGCUCCAAGACACACCGUAAAGCCCUCACUGAUGACGUCUCCCAGGCCAUCGAUGAAGUCGGUAACACAUUCGAGGAUGCCCUUUUGCAUGUGGCCCGGCUUCCAGCAUGGCUUUCUGGCCAAUCGCGGACACCGGACGCCUCGGCAGAAGAGAGCAGGACCAGAGUGGUGGUUCUGGGCACUGGCUGGGCAGCCCAUGCUAUAGCAAAAAUCAUUGAUGUUAGCAAAGUCGAUGUGACGGUAGUAUCCCCACGGAACUACUUCAUUUUUACACCCAUGCUUGCUGCCGCAUCUGUGGGCACAGUCGAGUAUCGCUCGAUUCUGGAACACAUACGCAGCUCCAAUCCCACCAUUGAGUACUGCCAAGGUACCUGCAAGAGCGUGGACGUCGAGGCAAAGCAAAUCUCGGUGCAACCAAUGCCAGAAGGUUCCGAGCAGGACUUCAACCUACCCUAUGAUGUUUUGGUGGUUGCUGUUGGGCUUCGGCCCAGUUCCCUGGGAGUGCCAGGUGUGGAUGAGCAUUGCCUAUUCUUAAAGAACAUUGACGAUGCUCGCCGAUUGCGAAAACGAGUCACUUUGAACUUUGAAGCAGCCGAUCUGCCUGGCAAGUCGGACGAGGAACGUCGGCGGCUUUUGACUUUCGCUGUGGUCGGGGGCGGCCCUACAGGCUGCGAGUUCUGUGGCGAGCUGUCUGAUUUCGUCCGGAACGACCUUCGCCGCUUUUACCCCAAGCUGGCGCCCUUGGUUCGUAUAAUCCUCAUCCACCGAGGAAAGACUCUACUUCCUGACUUUGGGGAGAGCCUGCAGCAAGCUGCACAGGAGUUUUUGGAAACGCAAGGCAUUGAAGUUGUUCUUGAAACAACUGUCGACGAAGUCGGAAAGCAGCAGGUUCUUAUUGCCGACAAGAAUCAUGGGAGCGACCAGAAGGCCUUACCAUGUGGCCUGGUGGUGUGGGCGGCUGGGCAGAUCGGCCAAGACCUGGUCAGAGACUUGCAUAAAGCGAUCCCUCGCCAAGAAGAGCUUGCAGCGUCCGAGGCACGCGGAAAUGACAGCCAGCUCUUCGUGGAUGCCUGGCUGCGUGUUUGCGGCGCGCCGUCCGGGUCGAUCCUGGCUCUGGGUGACUGUGCCCGCCCUGUGGGCGAGGUACGAUUCCCGAACACAGCACAGGUUGCAGCUCAGCAAGGUGCCUUUGUCGCCCGACUGCUGAAUAGACAAUAUGACCUGGCGCAGCCACACCCGGUGCUCAAGGAAGGAUCAGCCUUUCUGCCAAUGGCGCAGUUUCGAGGGCAGACCGAAGCUGUCCCCUUUCGCUUUCUAGACUUAGGACGUUUAGCUUAUUUAGGCCAGUCUCAAGCUGUUGCAGAGCUGGGAGUCGGCGAAACCACCGUGUCGCAGUCCAAAGGGCUAGCGGCCUUUGUCUUGUGGCGUUCCGUCUACAUCGUAAAACAGGUCAGCUUCCGUAAUCGUGUCCUGGUUCUCUUUGACUGGAUCAAAAGCCGAAUCUUUGGCCGAGACCUGACGCGCAUUUGA